AUGGAAAGAAUGAUGUGUAAUGUAAAGUUAAGAUGGGGAAUUAGAAGCAAAAGAAUAAGAAGAUGGACAGGUCUUGAUGAAGUGGUGGUGAAGGCAACGGAAAGAAAGUGGAAGUUUGGAAGGAUUGUAGUCAGAAUGCCUGAAGAUAGAUGGGAAAGGAAAAUUGCGACCUGGCAACCUGAUGGAAAAAGACCGAUUGGCAGACCUCGUACAAGGUGGCAGGAUGAGAUAAGGAAGAAGGUUGGAAUAGGCUGGAUGGAGGCGGAAGAUGGAAGAUGGCAAGAAGCUCUCAGGCACUACACCGAAGGAAUCAAAGCUUAUUGUCACAUGUAA